AUUCCCCAUAUUAAAAUUUUUUAAUGAAUUUUAAUCCGUGUAAAUAUUGGACAACCCAAUAAUUUCCUAUUCCACUGUGAUGUAAGUUUUUUAGCCACCAACAAAAAUGAGUGCAGUUUUCCGUGCAAUUAGGAUGAAUCGUGGAAUUUUCCGGCUGGCUUGUUUGCCACGCCGGCACUAUUCCGUGGAUGCCAAGAAAUUCCCCAAGAUUACGACGCACUACACUGUCUAUCCACGGGAAAAGGAUGCCCGGUGGAAGGAUGUGGAUAUGGAGAGAUCCGUGGAUGAGGUGGAUGUUAUGAUUGUCGGUGGGGGGCCAUCAGGAAUGGCAGCGGCUAUUCGUGCAAUGCAGUUGGCAGCGGAGAAGGGCAAAGAAAUCCGGGUGUGUGUUGUGGAGAAGGCUUCCGAAAUUGGUGGACACAUCCUGUCGGGGGCUGUCAUUGAUCCUGUAUCGUUGAAUGAACUCCUGCCUGAGUGGAAGGACAUGGGAGCACCACUCAAUACGCCCGUGACGAAGGAUAAGUUUGCCUUCCUCACGAGUUCCGGGAGUAUACCCAUUCCCAUUUUCAAGGGAUGGCCACAGGACAAUCAUGGGAACUACAUUGUAAGGCUGGGUCACUUGGUGAAGUGGUUGGGUGAGCAGGCUGAGGGUAUGGGGGUGGAAAUCUAUCCUGGGUGUGCAGCAGCUGAGGUACUCUUCCAUGAAGAUGGGAGCGUCAAAGGAAUUGCCACGAAUGACGUUGGAAUCGGCAAGGAUGGUGCUCCCAAGGAUACAUUUGCACGUGGAAUGGAACUUCACGCGAAAUGCGUGAUCUUCGCCGAAGGUUGCCGUGGGCAUCUCACGAAGCAAUUGAUGAUGCGUUACGGUCUGAAUGCCCAAUCUGAACCCCAAUCCUAUGGGAUCGGGUUGAAGGAAAUGUGGGAGAUUGCACCGGAAAAGCACCAGCCGGGAUUGGUGCAACACACUGUUGGGUAUCCCCUAUCACCUGACACAUACGGUGGUAGCUUCCUCUAUCAUCUCAAUGAGCCUACGCCAACAAUCUCAGUGGGCUUUGUUGUGGGCCUCGACUAUGCCAAUCCCUACAUUAGUCCCUUUCAGGAGUUCCAGAAAUUCAAAACUCAUCCCGCAAUCCGUCCCAUUUUCGAGGGUGGCACGAGAAUUGCCUACGGCGCUCGAGCUCUCAAUGAAGGUGGCUUCCAGAGCAUCCCUCGGCUCACAUUCCCCGGAGGUUGUAUUGUGGGCUGUGGUGCUGGCUUCAUGAACGUCCCCAAGAUCAAGGGCACACACUAUGCCAUGAAGAGUGGUAUGCUUGCAGCUGAAAGCGUCAUUGAGGAGCUCUUUGCGGAGCAACCAAAGAGUCAAACGGCCGGAAUUGAACCAAAGGGAUACGAAGAUCGCGUAAAGAAUUCCUUCAUCUACAGCGAUCUCAAGAAAGUUCGUAACCUUCGACCGAGCUUCCAUGGAUCUCUCGGGCUCUACCGCGGAUUAGUCCUUUCGGGGAUUUCCAUCUUCAUGGGUGGCCGUGAGCCGUGGACUCUGUCGCACGGUGGAGCGGAUAAUACGAAAAUUCAACCAGCGGACAAGUGCAAACCCCCAGAGUACCCCAAACCCGAUGGCAAGGUCACCUUUGACCUUCUCUCCUCAGUGGCACUCACAGGAACCAACCACGAAGGUGAUCAACCACCACAUCUCACCCUAAAGGACGACACUGUCCCCGUGGGCAUGAAUUUGGCCACUUUCGGUGGCCCAGAGGCUCGUUUCUGCCCAGCUGGUGUCUACGAAUUCGUCCCCAAUGAGGAAGCCGGUGGGGACGCAAUGAGGCUGCAAAUCAAUGCACAGAAUUGCAUUCACUGCAAGACAUGCGAUAUCAAGGAUCCAACACAGAAUAUCAAUUGGGUUGUACCUGAAGGUGGUGGUGGCCCCUCAUACAAUGGCAUGUGAGCCCCCACAGAGGAAGCUCUCUCAAGUGCCAGAACGCAUUUAUAUACAACACACAUAUUUUUAUACAAGGGAAUUGUUUUGCAAAUUAUUGGCGUCUUUUGUAAAUAAUUAUUCUUCCUUUUUUUUUCACUGUAAAAUGUACCUUUUGGGACCGAAUGUAGUAAAAAGAAAAAAAAAUUGUACUGAUAGAAAAAUUUGUAAAUGGAAUCAAUAAAGUUUUUCACGUUUUUAUCAUUAAUUGA